GUGACAAUAGGACAGGCGAUGGGGAGGGGGGCACCCUGAGCCGGGUACUUGGAGAAGCGUCUGUCUGCGUGAGCAUGGCCCUCCUGUUACCACCUCUGCUGCAUCCGGCUCAGAGCAAUGCCUGAGGCUGAUGCCCAAGUGAAAUGCUCUCCUCCCAAGGCCUCCCGGCCUGGUCGCCCUUCCUGGGUGAUGCAUUGGCUCCCAUGUACCGGAAUGAAUGCUGAGUCAGAAAGGCCCAGUGGCCUUGGCCAACACCCAAGGCCUCUCUGGACUUCAUGACCCCAACUGUAAUAUGGAGAUAGUCAUAAUAGUGACCUUGUAAGAAGUUUUUGAGGAUUAAGUUAAAAAUACAUCUGAAGGGCUACGGGCACGCAGCGCCCAGCACGGAUGGCGGCAAAGUGUUCUGCAUGUUCUACGCGCUGCUGGGCAUCCCGCUCACGCUCGUCAUGUUCCAGAGCCUGGGCGAGCGCAUCAACACCUUGGUGAGGUACCUGCUGCACCGCGCCAAGAAGGGGCUGGGCAUGCGGCGCGCCGACGUGUCCAUGGCCAACAUGGUGCUCAUCGGCUUCUUCUCAUGCAUCAGCACGCUGUGCAUCGGCGCUGCCGCCUUCUCCCACUACGAGCACUGGACCUUCUUCCAGGCCUACUACUACUGCUUCAUCACGCUCACCACCAUCGGCUUUGGCGACUACGUGGCGCUGCAGAAGGACCAGGCCCUGCAGACGCAGCCGCAGUACGUGGCCUUCAGCUUCGUCUACAUCCUUACAGGCCUCACGGUCAUCGGCGCCUUCCUCAACCUCGUGGUGCUGCGCUUCAUGACCAUGAACGCCGAGGACGAGAAGCGCGACGCCGAGCACCGCGCGCUGCUCACACGCAACGGGCAGGUGGGCUGCGGCGGAGGCGGUGGCAGCGCGCACACCACCGACACCGCCUCGUCCACCGCGGCAGCGGGCGGCGGCGGCUUCCGCAACGUCUACGCCGAGGUGCUGCACUUCCAGUCCAUGUGCUCGUGCCUGUGGUACAAGAGUCGCGAGAAGCUGCAGUACUCCAUCCCCAUGAUCAUCCCGCGGGACCUCUCCACGUCCGACACGUGCGUGGAGCAGAGCCACUCGUCGCCGGGAGCGGGCGGCCGCUACAGCGACACGCCCUCGCGACGCUGCCUGUGCAGCGGGGCGCCACGCUCCGCCAUCAGCUCGGUGUCCACGGGCCUGCACAGCCUGUCCACCUUCCGCGGCCUCAUGAAGCGCAGGAGCUCCGUGUGACUGCCCCGAGGGGCCUGGAGCACCUGGGGGCGCGGGCGGGGGACCCCUGCUGGGAGGCCAGGAGACUGCCCCUGCCGCCUUCUGCCCAGUGGGACACCCCACAACAUCCCUCACCACUCUCCCCCAGCACCCCCAUCUCCGACUGUGCCUGCUUGCACCAGCCGGCAGGAGGCCGGGCUCUGAGGUCCCCUGGGGCCCCCAUCGGAGCCCUGCAAAUUCCGAGAAAUGUGAAACUUGGUGGGGUCAGGGAGGGAAGGCAGAAACUGGGAGCCUCCCUUCCCUUUGAAAAUCUAAGAAGCUCCCAGUCCUCAGAGACCCUGCUGGUACCCAGACCCCCACCUCCGGAGGGGACUUCAUGUUCCGUGUACGUUUGCAUCUCUAUUUAUACCUCUGUCCUGCUAGGUCUCCCACCUUCCCUUGGUUCCAAAAGCCAGGGUGUCUUUGUCCAAGUCACCCCCACUCAGUCCUACUCCCCUUCCCCAUCCCCAUCCCCAGCUGUGUCUCCCAACCUCCCUUCGUGUUGUUUUGCAUGGCUUUGCAGUUAUGGAGAAAGUGGAAACCCAGCAGUCCCUACAGCUGGUCCCCAGAAAGCAGGACAGAAAGAAGGAGGGACAGGCAGGCAGCAGGAGGGGCCAGCCAGGAGGCAGGAGGCAGUGGCCUGCCAGUCUGCAGAAUGGUCACACUGGAGGUUCAAACUAACUGGCCUCUAGCCACAUUCUCAUAGCAGGUAGGACUUCAGCCUUCCAGACACUGCCUUUAGAAUCUGGAACAGAAAACUUCAGACUCACCAUCCCCAGCUACUGCUGACAAUUCCCAACUCUUAAAUUUGUCGAGUGUUUUUUAGCCUGUGAAAACUCUAUGCUGGCCACUGAUUCCUUUGAGUCUCACAACAGCCUACUUAGGUCACUAGGGCAGGAGUUCUCACCCACAUUUUACAGAUGAGAACACUGAGGCCUGGACAGGUGAAGUGACCAGAGAGCAAAAGGCAAAGGGGUGGGGGAUGGGUGCAGUGGCUCACACCUGUAUUCCCAACACUUUUGGAGGCUGAGGUGGGAGGAUUGCUUGAGCCCAGGAAUUCGAGACCAGCCUAGGCAACACAGUGAGACCCCAUCUCUACAAAAAAUAAAAAAUUAACCAGGUGUGGUGGCACGUGCCUGGGAGUCCCAGCUACUUGGGAGGCUGAGGUGGGAGGAUUGCUUGAACCUGGGAAGUCGAGGCUGUAGUGAGCCCUGAUUGCACCACUGUACUCCAGCCUGGGUGACAGGGCAAGACUUUGUCUCAAAAAAAAAAAAAAAAAAUGGCAAAGGGAGACAAGAGCCCAGCCUACUUGUUCCUAGCUGAAGUGUUAUUUUCUUCCAGCUUGGCCUGCUCUUGAAAGCAAAGCUCCUGCAGUGUACAUCCUGGCAUUGUGUGGCUACCUGGGUUUUAAACCAGAAUCAGAAGUCCUGGGUCAGAGGGCACUGCUGAGGCUCAGCCUCUUCUCUUCUUGGUCAGGAGGCAGCAGCUCUGAAUGGGCUCCUGAGGCAGCAUAGGGGCCUUUGUCACCAGGGUGCAUACUUACAAACAGUGCAGUUCUUGGGACCGAGGUAAGCAGGGCUUACCUGCCAUGGCAGAAAGGCCAGGAUCUGGGGCUCUAGGAGUUUGGGAAUUGGGCAGAGUGCCCAAGAAAGCUGGCAGGCGUAUCCUAUGGGACAUCAUCCCUGGCACCAUUGUCAUUGUUGGUGCCUGUGUCCCAAGUAACUAGUGAGAAGCUGAGGCUGCAGCAAGAAACACCGUUCCCAGGUGGCAAGGUAUGGACCAGAGAUGCCCUCGGCCCACCACACCUGCAACUCAGAAGCCCAGAUGGAAUGCAGCUGACGAAGGUGAUGCUCGAGGCUCACGUUUGGGGCCCCACAGCUGGAGCCGGUAUAGUGACUGGGACAACAUCAAGGGGUGGAUGAGGGACCUGUCCUCCCACAACACUGCCUUCCCAUGCUGUUCCCCUGCCAGCUCCUUAACACUGCUGACCAAUACGGCAUUCAGGGAAAUUGGAGGACAGCACCCACAGGGUGGCCAGCCUCAGGCCCCCACCUGCAUCCUCUAGUCUCUGGGGACCCCUGGGGGAAGAAGUCUACCCUGCUUGUGAGUCCCGUCUCAGUGUGGAGGAAAUGGCUGCCCACGUGCCAGGAAAGCAGGGCCCAGGACCUGGAGGUGCCCACUGUGUUUAUGUUGGGGAUGGGGGGGCAGUGCUGGCUGCCUCUGUCCUGUGUGUGACCCUGCCCUCGAAGGGUCCUGUCCUGUCAGUCCCGAGGGAGCCACAACCAAAGCUGCGGAGAGAAGGUGGGGAGGGGUGCAGAAUGGCCAUGGGGCACAGCAUGGCGGACUGUUCAGUCUCUGCUGGGUCUUUCCUAGGGACCUGGAAGGCCAGUGUUGCUUCUCCCUCACUCUCUUUCACUGCAGGCAGCCUCUCUGCUUCCCCAAUGCCUUAUGCCUGGGCACACUGCCACAGAAUAUGCAAUAUGUGUGGGUGACCAUGUUCUCACGCCCACACCCCCACCCCGGGCAGCCCCUGGACUCCAAAGGCCGUGGCUGCCACAGCCUCCCCUCAGCUCUUCCUGCCUAUCUGUCUUCACACUGAGAAUGGCGCCCAAUAAAUGCUAUCCACGGAGACCAGG